AUCUUUGCUUUUGCGAGGGAGAUCUUGGUCCGUCAGCCGCUAGGUAAGCCCACCUCAAUGAAUGGGACAAUUCAAGCCAGCCGCCAUGCAAUCAAAGCGCUGCCGAAGGUGGAGCUGCACGCGCAUCUCCACGGCAGCAUCAAGCAGCAGACUCUGCAGCGGCUGCUGGCCGAGAGACGACCCUCCGACGACCGGCUGGCAGACGUGAGCUUCGACCUGUUCCACAUCGACUCGAUAAGGGACCUCGACAAGUGCUUUGUGUACUUUGAGUUGGUGUAUUUGCUGGUGGAGGACGAGCAGACGGUGCAGCAGAUCACUCAGGAGGUGCUGCGGGACUUCUAUGAAGAUGGCGUGAGAUACCUGGAGCUCAGGACGGUGGGUGCGUCACAUGCAUGCAUGUGGCUCAUCUGUCUGUGUUUUCUGUCUGUGUUUGGUGUGUGUGUGUGUGUGUGUGUGUGCAGACGCCUAAAGCGAAUGAGCGGACUGGGCUGACGAAGGAUUCGUACCUGCAGACACUCGAGCGGGCUAUCGAGUGGGCGAAAGAGGCCCUGCCAGACAUGCAGGUGGGCAAAACGGGAUAUGGAUCAGUGAAGCCAUGCAGUGGCUGUAGCUCUGCGGGUGUGUGAGUGCAGGUGUAUCUGCUGUUGUCUGUGAAUCGUGCCCGAUUGACGAGUGCCGAAGAUGCGAGGAAAGAUGUGGAUGAGCUGCUGGACCUGGCCAUCAAACACCGGUCCCUUGUGGUCAGCUCAGCGCACUCAGACAGCAGGCAGGCAGGCAGGCAGGCAGAGAUAUGGUGAGUGGGUGUUGCUGCUGGGGACAGGUGGGUGUGGAUAUCUGUGGCAAUCCCGCCAAAGGCGACCUCUCGUUGGUGCUGCCCCUCUUGCGCAGCCGGCUGUACGAUGACGCGCGGUACCACCACCUCAAGCUCACCGUACACACGGCAGAGGUGCACACACACACACACACACACAGGCAGGCACGCGCCCAGACGCAUUCUCCGCGUUCAGAUGGCCAACACCGAUACGGAGAAUGCGGCCAUUCUGGAGCUCAACCCGCAGAGGCUCGGCCAUGUGUGCUUCCUGGUGCGUGCAGGGGUAGACGCAGUAGUGUAGCCGCGGCGACACAUCCCACUGUCGCCGCCACAUGUGUUGCCUUGUUGUCUGUAUGGAUGCAGAGUGAUGCGCACAGCGAGUUGGUGGCCCGCGAGGGGAGGGCGAUUGAACUGUGUCCCACGUCCAACAAAGUCGCCAUGGACCUGACGUAUGAGGGCGGACACAUACGGAGAGCGACAGAAAGAAUGGGAUGCAUGUGGUCGUCAUGGGUGUGUGUGUGUGUGUAUGUGUGUCAGGACGAUGGAAGACCACCACUUCGGGUACUAUUACAAGGAGAGGAGGCACCCCGCCAUCAGCAUAUGCACCGACGACACUGGCCUGUUCUCCACCACCCUCACAGACGAGCUCCAACAUCUCGCACAAGUGAGUGACCGACCGAUCAAAACCACACACGACGCAAUGUGUGCACUCAUCUGUGGUGUCUCAUUCAGGCAUUCGAUCUCACUUUGGACGACAUAUGGUCCCUUCAGCAGAGCGCAUUCAAGUCCUCCUUCGCCCCGCCCGAGGCGCGUCAGCGGCUGGGCGAGCGGUUCUUCUUUCGACCGCUGAGCGAUGUGUGUGGUGGGUGUGGUGGGGAGAAUAAUGCCGGCGAUGAGAGGGGGGUGGCGGAGGGGUGUGAGGGGGAGAGGGGCGGGUAGACGGCCUCUCUUGGGCCUUAGUCGGUUGUGUGUGUGUGUGAGUGUGUGUGUGAUUUGGGGCGUAUGAAUGGUGUAUGGAUCGAUGGCCGAUGAGCAGACGGCCAAGUAUGUGUACGCGCGUUUGUGAAAGGAGUGCAGUGAGUGCAUCAUCAGAC